AUGGGCCGCACAUUCGCCAUACACAAGCCUGCUUUCAAGAACUCGUAUACAAUUACUGGUCCUAGCCGUGAUGCAGCCACGACAGAAGACGUCCUCUUUGUCAAAUUACGCCCUGCACUCAACAAGAGUCCAUUUCUCCUCAUAUGUGAUGGGCCGGAUGCAAAUUUUCCUGUCGUGGCCGUGUCUUACUUACCACCCUUUGCGAAGCACUUUGCAAUCGGGCGGGGACUUCCCGCAGCGGCGGACAAGCCAGUUCCAGACAUGGUCUGGGAGGAGCUCUGCAUGGCGCAUUCGUCCGGAAAAAAGCACACCUGGACGAUGAAUGCCGCUGGUGAGGGCGGUUGUGAUGGCCUACGCACCAACCUCGUCUGGACGCGGACACGCAGCGUCACUGUCGACGGCAUGGUUCGGCCGCCGCUCAGCACGCGCAACUGGAAGCUCACGGAAGCCCCGUCCAAGAGGGGCCGAGCCGGUGACGAAGCAAAAGAGUCGAUUCUGGCAGUCUUUACCAGCACCGCGCAGAUGGGUAAAUGCGGCAAUCUGCAAAUCAACGUGGACCAUGGCCGAGAGUUUGACCUGAUGGUCUUGAUCACUUGUCUGUCACUGUACUCGUCUGGAAGAUGA